AUGGCGGUGAAGGAGGAUAUGGUGUGGCUCCUGAAGAAGGGCAUUGUUUGUGUUGUGGAAAAAGUGUUUGAGAGUGCCAAAUUUUCUUUGGGCGUUAGGCAUAUGAAGGCAGCGUGCACGGAUGCUAAGGUAGAGGGUGGGAAACAGGUGAUUAGAGAGCAGAUUGCCACCAUAAAGUUCAUACCUGGUAAAUUGAUUGCCCUUCUGGAAUACACCCAAGCGAUGCAUGCUAAGGUGAAGUCUUUUCUUGAGAUAAAUUUUGCCUCUUACCUCCGCCUUGGCGAGCUUGACAUUAAGGAUCUUCGCCAACAAUGUAACGACCCAGAUGUUGAAGAAGAAUUCCCUGAGGGUAGCACUUUUGGGUUUGGCCUUCCUUCACUCCUCCUUGAUGGGUUUACUAGGUUAUAA